UAAUUAUAUUUUACUUGUCAGUGAUUUUAAUGUUAACAUUUAAUGCUAGUUAUAUUGUUUUUUAAAGUUGACUUUUAAGGCAAUAUUUUUGUUAAAAUGGUUUGAUGAUUUGAAUAAAACCAAAUAGAAUGUUGAGCAACGAGUUCUCAACUAUGAUGUCACAAAGAGUCUUUAAAUCUCAUCAGCCCCGGCUCUCCACAGUGUUCAGUAAACAUCAGAUUACUUUAGUCAGAGUUUGAUCAGUUUGAGCUGAAGUUGGAUUACUGAGCUAGAGGACAUGGAGCACAAAAUAAGUGACACAGCCUUUAACGUGUUUGAUGAAGUUCGCUUAAAGGGGGAACACACUGACGUCAUCAUCACAGUUCAGGGCAAACAUUUUAAAGUGCAUAAGAUCAUCCUUUGUGGCUGCAGCCCUUAUUUUAGGAUGCUUUUCUCCACCCAAUGGACCAACACGGAGGAACAACCCUACGAUAUUCCAGGAUUGUCCUCGGACACCAUGUCUCUUAUUAUUCAAUAUGCAUAUGCAAGUCCUGUCCUCAUUACUGAAGAGAAUGUGUCGGAGCUCUUGGUGGCGGCUGAUCAGUUUCUAAUCUCAGAUCUAAUAGAUGCCUGCUGCCAGUUCCUGGAGGCAAACCUUUGCCCGCUGAACUGCAUUGGUGCCUGCAUGUUAACAGAGCGUUUCCUUUCCUGCUCAAAGCUCCACCUGAAAGCAAGGCUUUACGUCCUGCAGCACUUUGAGGAGGUGCUUCGAGUAUCAGAGGAGUUCCUGGAACUCCCGCUGGGACAUCUAGAGGAACUGAUAGCUCAGGAUGAGCUGAACGUCAAAAAGGAGGAGGUGGUUUUUGAGGCCAUCCUUCGCUGGAUUGGUCAAGCACCUGAAAACAGGAGAAAACAUAUUGCCUUGCUCCUUUCAAAGGUUCGAAUGGGGUUGAUGUCACCUGAAUACUUCAUGAAUGACGUAAGAAACAAUGCACUGGUGUUGGAGAACGAAGCAUGUUCGGAUAUUGUCAUCAAUGCAAUGAAGGUCAUUUUUGCCCCCUACAUUGAGGAACCUGCCAGUUCAGAGCUCAUAAAUCAGCUGACACGCCCACGUCUGCCCUCUGAGAUCCUAUUGGCCAUCGGAGGGUGGAGCUUAAGCAAUCCCACCAAUGAGAUUGAGGCAUAUGAUGCAAGGGCGGACUGUUGGGUCAAUGUGACUCAAGAGGAUGAGCUUCCCAGAGCCUAUCAUGGUUCAGUAGUCCUGAAUGGGUUUGUCUACUGUCUUGGUGGCUUUGACAGCAAUAAUUAUUUCAGCAGCGUGAGGAGAUUCAAUCCCAUUACUCAAACUUGGCAAGAGGUGGCUCCCAUGUAUGAACGUCGAUGUUAUGUUAGUGUGGCUGUUCUGCAUGGCCUCAUUUAUGCCAUUGGUGGUUUUAAUGGAUACAGACGACUAAAAACUGCAGAACGCUAUGAUUCAAAAACCAACCAGUGGACAAUGAUGGCACCCAUGAAUGAACGGAGGAGUGACGCCAGCGCCACCUCACUGCAGGACAAGGUUUAUAUCUGUGGUGGCUUUACUGGGGUAGAGUGUCUCUUCUCAGCUGAGAGCUUUGACCCUGAAACUAACCAGUGGAGCCUCAUCGCUCCCAUGAGAAGCCGCCGAAGCGGAGUCGGUGUGAUCACUUACGGGAAUCUAGUUUAUGCCGUUGGUGGUUUUGAUGGUGCCGCUCGUUUGCAAAGCGUCGAGGCCUACAACCCUCUAAAUGAUUCCUGGCAUGAUAUACAGUCUAUGAUAUACCCACGCAGCAACUUCGGCAUCGAGGUGGUGGACGAUCAGCUGUUUGUUGUCGGUGGGUUUAAUGGUAUGGGCACCAGCUGUGAUGUGGAGUAUUAUGACCGGAUGACGAAUGAAUGGGAUGAAGCCUGCGACAUGAGAAUUUCCCGCAGUGCUGUGAGCUGCUGUGUGAUAUCCGGGUUACCUGAUGUCACACAGUACGUAGUGGACCGAGACUCUUUACAGACAUCAGAAGACGAGUCUGACGGUGACUGAUCGACCUCCAGUGGAUGCCUGACAUUCAAAGCAGAAUGCACACUGAAACAUCAUAGAAGAAGUGAUGUGACAUGAUAAAAAUAAAUGCAGUUGAAAAAAAAUGGGUUGGAUUGUGCACUUUAAACGUUAGGAAUAGUUUCUUCAUCGAAACAGAUUUGUAGAAAUGUAGCAUUGCAUUACUUGCUCAGCAGUGGAUGCUCUGCAGUGAAUGGGUGCCGUCAGAAUGAGAGUCCAAACAGCUGAUAAAAACAUCACAAUAAUCCACAGCACUCCAGUCCAUCAGUAAAUGUCUUGAGAAGACAAAAGCUGCAUGUUUGUAAGAAACAAAUCUGUCAUUAUUAACUUUAAACCGUCACAUCUGGGCAAAAUUAGGAGUCUAUAAUCCACAGUAAUGCUUCAUCUGACGGCACCCAUUCACUGCAGCGCAUCCAUUGGUGAGACAGUGAUGUAAUGCUACAUUUCUCCAAAUCUGAUGAAGAAACACCUGAGGGUGAGUACAUACAGUAUGUUCACAAUUUUCAUUUACAUAUGAACUAUUCCUUUACACUCAGGGAUGCCGUGGUUUAGUAGUUAAAGAUCAGAGUUGCUCUUCAAAACAUGCAAGGACUAUUUAAAAAAUUUCGUAUGCAUGAAGCGACAGAGCAAAAAUGCAACAACAAAUAAUUUGUUCACUGAGUAAAUCAGUUCUUUCCAAAAAUGUUCUCUUUUUAAAAUUUGUUUUCAAUCUAAACUAUUUUCAAUCUUAAAUUAAGAAUGUGUAUGUGUAUUCUAUGGAAUCCAUUUCUGCCACAGAAUUUUGAAUUUUUAUCUCGCAAUUAAUUAAUUUUUUUUCUUAACAGAAUUGUGAUAUACAAACUUGGAAUUUCGAAAAAAUGUCAGAAUUUUGUAAUAAAAACACACAAUUACCAUUAUUUAUAUAUUUAUUAUCCUAUGGUUUAAAACAGGUUUCCGUUGGAAUUCUUUGAUUGCUUCCAAUCGGUUCUUGUUGAAUUUGAAGGAUUUUCUGUUUCUGUGUAGGAUGUUAUUAGGUGGAAAAUAUGUUCUGUUAUUAGAACAGGGAGUAUCACUAUAUCAUUUAUUUUAUAAGAUUAAAGUUAUGAUGCUGUAGUUAAUAUAGUUAAUACAGAGACUGUAUUAAAUUAGAUUUUUGGGUCUUCAUUUCCUACAUCAUUUUGUUUAAUAUAUUUUUAGCCUCAUUCUUUUCAAGAGCUUAAAUAUAAAAUAUGAAAAUGAUACCAAAAACCUCAGACAUGGCAUGAGUGAUCGUUUAUUCGUUUUUCUUUGAAUAAAUCAGUAGGACAUUUAUUAAAA